UGUGGGAGCUGAGUCACUGUAGGGAGUGAACGAGAGGGGGAGGAGCAGAGAUCUGUUUCUGUUCAGAGGAAGUGAACCUGUUUGGCACUUACUGUCAGCAGCUGAAAUGGCGCAGCAAGAAAAUCAACUGGACAGAGAAAGAUUCUGCUGUUCGAUCUGUCUGGAUCUACUGAAGGAUCCGGUGACUACUGUCUGUGGACACAGCUACUGUAAGAGCUGUAUUAACACCCACUGGGACAAAGAGGAGGAGAGAGGAAGCUACAGCUGCCCUCAGUGUAGACAGACCUUCACACCGAGGCCUGUCCUGGGGAAAAACACCAUGUUAGCUGAUUUAGCGGAGGAGCUGAAGAAGACUGGACUCCAAGCUGCUCCUGCUGAUUACUGCUAUGCUGGACCUGAAGAUGUGGCCUGUGAUGUCUGCACUGGGAGAAAACUGAAAGCUCUCAAGUCCUGUUUGGAUUGUUUGGCCUCUUAUUGUGAAAAACACCUCCCGCUUCAUCUUCAGUCAGCUCCAUUGAAGAAGCACAAGCUGGUGGAGCCCUCGGAGAAGCUCCAGGAGAACAUCUGCUCUCGUCACGACGAGGUGAUGAAGAUAUUCUGCCGCACUGAUCAGCAGUGUAUCUGUUAUCUCUGUUCUAUGGAUGAACAUAAAGACCACGACACAGUGUCAGCUGCAGCAGAAAGGACUGAGAGGCAGAGAGAGCUCGGGCUGAGGAGACAAACAAUCCAGCAGAGAGUCCAGGACACAGAGAAAGAUGUGAAGCUGCUUCAACAGGAGGAGGAGGCCGUCAAUGGCUCUGCUGAUAAAGCAGUGGAGGACAGUGAGAAGAUCUUCACUGAGCUGAUCCGUCUGCUGGAGAAAAGAAGCUCUGAUGUGAAGCAGCAGAUCAGAUCCCAGCAGGAAACUGAAGUGAGUCAGGUCAGAGAGCUACAGAAGAGACUGGAGCAGGAGAUCACUGAGCUGAAGAGGAAAGACCAUGAACUGAAGCAGCUCGCAGACACAGAGGACCACAGCCAGUUUCUACACAACUACCCCUCACUGUCACCACUCAGUGAAUCUACACACUCAUCCAGCUUCAGGAUCCGUCCUCUGAGGUACUUUGAGGACGUGACAGCAGCUGUGUCACAGGUCAGAGGUCGACUACAGGACAUUCUGAGUGAGACACAGACAGAGAUUUUACAGAUUGUGUCUCAGGUGGAUGUUUUACUGCCACAACUAGAGCCAGAGACCAGGGAGGGAAGGGAGCAGUUCAUGUAGCAGUCACAUACAAGAAUAUCCGCAGAGCAGGACCCUUAAGUGCAUUUGGAUUCGAUGAUAAAUCUUGUUCGUUAGUUUGUGAUCGAAACAGUUAUAACUUUCAUUACAACAACAUCAAGACUCGAGUUUCAGGUCCUGUGUCCUCCAGAGUAGGAGUGUACCUGGAUCACAGUGAGGGUGUUCUGUCCUUCUACAGCGUCUCUGACACCUUGGCUCUCCUCCACAGAGUCCAGACCACAUUCACUCAGCCUCUCUAUGCUGGAGUUAGGGCUUUUUGUUCCGGAUCUCGAGCUGAGUUCUGUAAACUCAAAUAGACUCGAGUCAUUAAAAGCAGUGAUUUAGAUUAUGUGUGUAAAUCUUUAACUUCUUUUGUCUCCAUGUUUGUUGAUCAAAGUUCGUUGUUGUGACGUUUCUGCUCCGCACAGAGAUCAGCUGUCAAUCACACACUGACCUUCCUUUACACACAUAUUUAGUUCUCACUUUGUAAAGAAAAAUCUAUAAUUACACUGACAUGAAUGUGUUUGAAAGAACUAAUGUUGCUGUUGUUUUCUAAAUCAAUGUAAAAAAGAAGGUUGUGUGAUGAUGAAAAAUGAAAUGAAAUGUAUGUAACGUUUUAGAACCUGUGUUGAUCCUGAUUAGUGUUGCAAAGCGGCGGAACAUUUCCGGAAACUUUCUGGAAACUUUCCACUGGAAGUUAAGCUCAGGAAUUUUGGAAAUUUUGACACUUUUUUGCAGAAGUUAGCCUAUAACAGGGAACUUAAAGGAAAUUGAAAUCAAGAGUAGGCGAGCCGAGCUCAGCUGGAGCCUGGAUGCAGCCUAUGACUUUGUGUUGUUGUUGAACGUCUUUGUCAUUAACUAGCAUGUUGAUUACUUGUUACACUGAAUCCAUGUUCAUGUUAAUGCCAAGUUCAUUUGUAUACAGUAGGCUAACUUUUUACAGCAAUGAGAGUAGGAUGUAUGUACAGUUGCAAUCAGAAAUACUUAACCCCCCCAAAGAUUUUAAGGAUUUAUCAAUUAAAGUUUUUUCAAAGAGCAAGA